UCCUCGCGGCGGAGGAGCAGGGGAGAGAGAGAAAAGUGAGAUCGUGAGUGGAGUCAUGGCCGGCUCUGUGGCCGGAGACCUGCUGGAUCUCGUGCGAGAGAUCGUGCGGGGCUGCACUUGCGGCGGCGGCGGCGGCAACGGCCGAGAUCUGUUCCGGAAAGACUGCACCGAUCUGGUCCGCAGGAUCUCUCUGCUGACGCAUCUCUUCGAGGAGGUCAGGGAUUUCAAGUCCUGCGAGCCCACCACCGCCGGCCAUGGCGCGAGAGAUUGCUGGUGGUGCGAUCUCGCAUUCGCCCUCCAGGCGGCGAAGCGGCUCCUCUCCGUCGCUCACGACUUCGUUGAUUCUGCUUCCUCUUUCGAGGGGGAAGCGAAGAAAAUCGCAUUCCAGUUUCAGUGUGUAACGUGGAAAUUGGAGAAAGCCCUAGGAAGCCUGCCAUAUCAUCAGUUCAAUAUCUCCGAGGAAGUUCAAGAACAGGUUGAAUUGGUCAGAGCUCAGUUGAGAAGAGCAGCAGAAAGGUAUGGGCCUCUGAAUUCAAAACUGUUGUCUCGGGCCUUAUCUGAGCCAUUGGAGAAUGAGUCUGGUCAGAUAAGGGUGCAAUCAGGCAGCCGCACGAUAGGAACACUGCACAUUGAGAAUAUUGGUAACAUUGAUCAUACAGUUGUGGCAAAUACGAGCAUUGCCCAAGCUAGUGCCCUUUCCAAUGAUGAUUGUAUAGACAUCAUGGAAGGGCUCACAAUUUCUUCCUCAUCAUUGGAGGUUUGUCAAUCAAAUGCUGAAGAUGAAGAUAAGAGGGGCCAAUUGGGCACUGAUCAGAGCGACCAACCAGAGGAGAUAAAAAAGACCAAUGUAACAUCUAUACCAGAGGAUUUUCUCUGCCCAAUAUCAUUGGAAUUAAUGAGAGAUCCUGUGAUCGUAGCCACUGGACAGACAUAUGAAAGAUCUUACAUACAAAGAUGGAUAGACAGUGGCAACCUAAAAUGUCCAAAGACACAGCAGAAGCUCCAAAAUCUAACACUGACCCCAAAUUACGUCCUGAGAAGUCUAAUCAGUCAGUGGUGCUCGGACCACAACAUUGAGCAGCUGACAGCUUUAGUCAACGGAAAAAUAAAAAACAGCGACGGCUCUUUCCGUGACAUCAGCGGUGAUAUAGCAAACAUUGAGUCUCUAGUCAGGAAGCUCUCCAGCCGAUGCGUUGAGGAGUGUCGAACUGCAGUAGCAGAAAUACGAUCACUAUCCAAGAGAAGCACUGAUAAUAGAGUACUGAUAGCAGAAGCGGGUGCCAUUCCAGCUUUGGUCAACCUGUUGACAUCCGAAGACACGACAGUACAGGAAAAUGCAGUCACUUCCAUCCUCAACCUCUCGAUAUUCGAAAACAACAAAGGGCUAAUAAUGCUUGCGGGUGCUGUUCCUUCUGUCGUCCAAGUCCUAAGAGCCGGAACCAUGGAAGCUAGAGAGAACGCGGCAGCGACCCUCUUCAGCUUGUCACUUGGAGAUGAGAACAAGAUAAUAAUUGGUGCAUCCGGGGCUAUUCCUGCUUUGGUUGAGUUGCUUCGGACAGGUAGCUCCAGGGGGAAGAAAGACGCUGCAACUGCCCUAUUCAACUUGUGCAUCUACCAAGGAAACAAAGGUAGGGCCGUGAGGGCAGGGAUUAUCUCGGCACUGUUGAAGAUGCUCACUGAUUCGAGUCACUAUAUGGUUGAUGAAGCCCUGACCAUAUUGUCCGUUCUCGCUAGCUGCCACGAUGCUAAGGUUAGCAUGGUAAAGUCGAGCACGAUCCCCGUUCUUAUAGAUCUUCUGAGAACCGGUUUACCGAGGAGCAAAGAGAAUGCAGCUGCGAUACUGCUAUCCUUGUGCAAGAGAGAUAACGAGAAUCUUGCGUGUAUAGGGAGGCUCGGCGCCGUCAUACCACUGACCGAGCUCGCCAAGAGCGGCACAGAGAGGGCUAAAAGGAAGGCCACUUCAUUGUUGGAGCUCCUCCAGAGGCUCAACAAACAGUAACGGUCGUGGGUGUUGUUGAUACUGACAAGUUGUUACUUUGAGAUUUGGAAUUCUUUUUCUUCUUCCAUUUCCCCUUGAAUUCGGGCUUGAACUGACAAGAAGGGGCAUUGAGGUGGCAUUUUCGAUCUCAUCGCUCCCCGUCUCUUUUCUUUUCUUACCGCGCGAAAUGCGCAGAAAGUGUUCAAUUCAAUCUGUUGGUUGCUAUGGAAAUUCUUUGCUUCGGAUGUCUUAC